UUUUCACACAACUUCAACCAAGGUCACAAAACACAAUUCGUCGUCAACUGUUUACAUAUUACCUACCAUCUCGAAAAGAGUUCCCACAUCCUCAUUGACUUCUCAGACAUACAGUUACAUACUAAAUGUGAAUUUUCCCCUUGAAUUCAAGGGGCUUCUUUCUGCUAACCGUUCUCCAGGUAAAUUUCUUCAAGUUCUCACUCGACCACACCUGCCUUCAACUCGUUCAUCUCCUGGAGGUCCGGUUACCACGCAUAGAUCAUACCGUCCACCUCUGCCGCUUCACAAAGCACCCCACCUUCAGUUGCAAAUAGGCUGAGGUUGCUAACAACUGCCUCCGUAUCAUUCAACCUAUGUCUCGCAAUUGGAUCGUCUAAGGCGGUCGGCCUCAGGUAUUUGUGGCACCGUAUUGAUCCUUUCAGCGCAUGAGCAAUUUUCGCCGUUCUGUUGGGGACGCGGUUUACGUUGUUAGAAUAGCCGACUUGACUAUCCAGAAGUUGCUGGAGGAAUCGAAGGAUACUGAGAGCGGAGACUUGAGAAUUGAAGAAUUUAGAAAUAUA